UUUGUGCUUGAGAGGCCUACGAAAGGCCCAAACAGUCAUGGGCUGUCAGCCCCGUCAUGUUAAAUGCAGAACAGCAGAAGUUGUGUGUGUUCACGAUCACACUCGCUGAGUCGCGGGCCGGUGGCGCUGCUGCUGGUGGCUUUGCCAGUUUUCUGCCCCGCCGCGCUCGCCGGAAUCGGAUGCGUGACAGCCCAGCCGGCAGCUCGGCGCCACUGCGCGACAUGCUGGACGCUGAACAGUUCUCAACGGCCGUCGAAAGCGAAGCUAUGGAUUCCCACGGGAGUAAAUGGCAGGUGAGGCCGCGAGGGGAUGUCAGCAGCAAGGCCAGGCCACGAGCUGGCUGUGCCCGUGCUCACCACCGAGGAGCAGCGCAAAAAAAAUGGCGCUCGCCGCCGCCCUUUCUUCACUCCGCCGCCUGCCGGCCACGCCGCCGCAGUCGCGGUCUCCGCCCCCGGCCUCCCGCCUGCGCUCGCGCCCUCCGCGCGAGCCCCGUCUCCGCCAGCCCCUCGUCGCCGCGUCGGCGGCGGCCACGGCCCCGCUCUCUGCUUCGGCUUCCCCCGAGGACAAGGAGCGGAGGAAGCACGAGCUGCUGCGCGCGGUUCAGGAAACGCGGCGCGGAUUCGCAGCGGGGCCCGACCAGCGCGCCGCCAUCGAGGAGGCCGUCGUACGUGGCCGUGGAGGAGCUCGCCGCCGGGGAGGGGGCGCCGCUUGAUCUCGCGGCGCUCGACGGCACCUGGAGGCUAUGCUACACCUCGGCGUCGGACGUGCUCGUGCUGUUUGAGGCGGCCGAGAGGCUCCCACUCCUACAGGUGGGGCAAAUCUACCAGAAAUUCGAGUGCAAAGAUCAGUCAGAUGGUGGAAUUGUGAGGAAUGUUGUACGGUGGAGCAUCGAGAACUUGCUAGAGGACCAAGAAGGUGCAACACUGAUGGUCUCUGCAAAAUUUGUUGUCCUGUCUAAGCGCAACAUCUUUCUUCAAUUUGAGGAGGUUGCUGUUGAAAAUAUUAAGAUAAGUGAGCAGCUUCAAGCACUAAUAGCUCCUGCUAUACUUCCUCGGUCAUUUUUGAGCCUUCAGAUAUUGCAGUUCCUUAAAACCUUUCGAGCUCAAGUUCCUGUUAGUGGUCCUGAAAGGCGCAGUCGUUUUCCAUCUAAAUGUAUGAAGAAGCGGAUUCAGAAGUCAUUGUUAAGAAAUGUCGCCCGUGUGCUGUGUCACCUACAGGGACUUGGUCCUCAUUAUCCUUCAACCCAGCCACGCACAUCACCCUCGUAUCGUUCGGUCGAAUCGUGUGCACAAAUUGUUUCGGGAGAAAUGAUUGAUGCAAACGUGAAGAACUUUCCUGCUCUUGUGAGUCGUGAUCCAGCUUUCUCGGAAAAUCCGGUCCCUGCUAGCUCAUACUUCUGUGAAGAACUCUGAUCCGGUUGUGGCAAUAAAGUCAAUUGAAUUGUUCUAUACUCUAGUAUCAUUGGUACCCUGUAAAUUAUUCUUUCAUUUUAUCUUCUUAUUUUCGUCAGCCGUAACUUUUGUUGAACUCUAGUUAUGGUAGUUCCUUUUAUCUAAUUUUCGUCAGCUGUUACUUUCGUAA